UUGCCACAAGGAAAGGGCAACUGUGAAGAACAAAUACCAAUGUAAAUACAACCGAUAUUUAUGUUUAUAUUUUCCCCUUCGUACUUAAACUAUUUGCGCAUCAUUACAAAACUGUAUAUAGACACACUAUGACAUUUGAUAUGUUUCACUAGCCAAUAAAGCCACUUUAAUUGAAAUUGAACACACGUGUAACGCAACAGCGAGGUAAAUAUUAAAAUCACGGCGGGAAGCAUAAAGUGCAUGAGGGAAGAUACCUCAAAUGAGCUCAGUCGACGAUGACGUUAGAGUAUCUCGAUCAAUCAAUACUGCAUAUUUGCAGACGGAAAGCUGCUUGAGCCAAUCGUAUCCCUUCAAAGGGCGGGCUACUAGCUUCUCGCACACGUCAAAACUGGAAACUGAUGGUUGUAGUUACCGACCUAACAACCAACUUUUCUCCAAUCACUUUUACUUUUUAACGAUACACAUGGAAAGUAUACUAUUUUUUGAAAAACCAUGUUUAUAAGCCAAUGUUGACAGUAGAGUUUUGUUUGUCAUUAUACAGCAUAGUUAUCGAGACAACAGACCGAAACAAGAAGAGAGCAACUCUGAGUGAUGAUAAACAAAGCAUGAUAGCUAGCAAGCUAACGUUAGAUAAUGAAUACCUGUGAGGUCAUUUGAGUAAUGUUUUAGCAAGUUAACCGAAAAGACAGUUCAGUUUUCAGUGAGACGAACUAGCAAAAUGGAUUAUAAGAGCAAAAAGUCCACUCUGUCUGGGGAAAAAUCACAGGGGUCUGGUCACAAAAGUGACAAGCCACAGCAGAGCAACUCGACGUCAAGAGUUGAUGCUGAUCAUGGUGGUGGGAUCAUUCUCUGUCCUGUUACCAAGAACAUGAAACACCUCCUGGAUGAGUUCAAGGGGCUGUAUGAGGAGAGGUUGAGACGCCUAGAGUUUGACACAAGAGGGGGCACAAAUGAGGACAUUUUACAGAUGAAGGUCCGUAUCCUCCAGUCCUAUGUGAACGACUUGGGUGACCAGAACCAAGUGCUGGUCCAGACAGUGGAGGACCUGGAAACAGAGGCCAACAACAGAGUCUGCACCAUAGAGGCCAAGCUACGCACCUCUGAUCAAGUCAUUCAUGAUCUGGAGCAGCAGAGGAGGGUUCUGGAGGAGAGUGUGUGUAGUCUGCGCUCUGAGAACCGGGACCUGAAGACUGACAUGGACUCCCUCACAAACUUCAUCCAACAAGCCACACACCAACACACCUUGGUCGUUUCUGGGGUCACUCUAAGGACAGGCUCGUUGGAGAAGAUGAUUGAAACCUCGACUCAUACUGGACUGUGUUUCACCUGAGGGAUGAGGCUGGUACCUGGUGAGGGGGUCGGUCCAUAGGGGGUUCUGUAACACCAGGGGAGCCACGGCAACAAGGCUGUCCCCACGGCGAUAUGCAAAGCGAUUUGCAUUAUACUCAGAAUGCAGUGCGGCUCCAUUUCCUGCAUUCCCUCUCUCCCUUUAUGUCUCUCUAUCUAGUUUAAACAUGUUAUUAAUUCAUCCAAUAAUAAAAACUAUCUGUGAAUAAAAAAACUAAAAAAACUAUAUUUUCAACAAAAGUAGGUAAUAUAAUGUAGAAUUAAAUAAAUGAAACAAUACUUACUGUUCUCUUCUGAAGAGAGUGGGAUGGAUAUGUGUAAAAAAGUGACAAAUAAAGAAAAUAAUUAAAUAAAUGAGGUAAAUCUGAUCAAAUGAAAUGCAAUAACAGUAGCGGUGUGUGAAAGCAGUGGGUGGAUAUGAAGCUCUGGGUUGUUACCUGCCACCAGCAUCAACAUUAAACACAACACACUGGAACACACACCACUACCCUCAGGGGUAGCACUAGGUGUGUGUGUGUGUGCGCGUGUGCGUGCGUGCGUGUGUGUGCGCCUUACAUCUAGUUCCAUUUAUAUCGACUUUGUUUCGAUUUUAUUUAUAUCAUUAUAUUUUCAGUUAUUUAAUAAUUUAUUUGAUAAAAUAACAUUCAGGUAUGGUAAAACAGAGUGGGCUGGAGA